AUGCCACCCCGCGGUCCAGCCCAGGACCCCGAAAACGAGCGGACACACCCGACCGCUUGCUCGUCUCCCAGUUCCCGCACCGCAUCGGGGCAGCGGACCUUCAAGCCGCCCCCGCCCCCGGCCAGGCCACCCCCGCCCUCGCCGGCCAGCCUCCCUUGCCCGGUCCGCCCCGCCCGGCAGUUCGCCCCGCCCUGUCAGCUUCGCGACAACGGCUGGGGUUGUCGCGCCGCCGCCGGCCAGGCCAAGCCGUCGCCGCCCCCGCCGGCCAGCUUCCCUCCUCAGCUCCUCCUCGCCCCUCAGUCCGCCCCGGCCCUCAACCCCGUCCCUCAAAGUUCGACGCCGACGCUCACGAUGGAUGGAUGGAUCGAUGCUUAUUUUUUGUUGAUUCUUGCUGAUGUCAAUGCUAAUGUGAUAACGGUGAAUGAGGAGGUUCGAGCAAAUAACCGCAACGGUGGUUAUUUGUUGGACAUAGGACAAGCUAAUUUGCAUGAAAAGUUCAACGAACGCUCUGGAAGAAACUAUUCGACCCGGCAAAUGAAAAAUAGGUGGGGUGUAUGUAGAAGCGAGUACAACACAUGGAAGACACUGAUCCAGCAAGCAUCUGGCUUAGGAAGAGAUGAGCAUACACACACUAUUGCAGCUACAAAUGAGUGGUGGGCAUUGGAGAUAAAGGCACAUCCAGAAGCUGCCAAGUUUCGCUAUGCUCCACUAGCGGAGGAGGAGAAAAUGUCAGAGGUUUUCAAUACUACUUGUGUCACAAAUGAGCAUGCGAGGGUGCCAACUCCCUCGUAUCAAGGUGAUCCCUCUCGAAUCAGUUUGGAGGAUGAUUCAGGGUGUGAUAGUCAUGAAGGCCAAGUUACCCCUGUUCAAAAUCGAGCCAAGGGUGGGAAGAAGAGGGCGUGUCCUUAUUCGCCAAGUCCAAAGAUGAAUGACAAGUGGGCAAGUGAGAAUGCUAAAACCAGGAAGUGA